AUGCCAAAAAGUGGACGACCGGCAAAAGAGAACUCAACGAGGAUUCGUGCUAUCAUUAAAAAGACGAUCACCUGCAACGAUGGAGUCAGCAUGAAUCGAACUGCUUUCGAUCUCAACAUUAGCCGUCAAACCGUCCACAAGAUUGUGAAAUGCGACUUCAGGCUUAACAGUUAUCGGCCCUGUUUCUUUCGGAGCAGUCCCUUCUACUCUUACACAGGUUUCUAG